AUGGACUUUUAUAAUAGAAGUUUCACUGUAGAAGCAUGGAUUUAUCCUUCAACUAUUUCUACUGGUAAUCCGUAUGUUGAUAUGGUGAUCUAUGCUCAGACAAGUGCUACUCAAAUUUAUCAAGUUAUGUAUAUGAUGUUAAGAAAUGGAACAGGCUAUGGUGCUUUCUACGGUGAUGAUGUACAAGGAUCAACAAUAUUUCAAGCACUCGAAUGGCAACAUAUAGCAUUUACAUAUGAUUACACGAUGACAACACAAGUUAUAUAUAUUAAUGGUGUUGCAGAUGCUAUAAAUUAUCAAGCACCACCUUGUUUAAGCACAGGUGGCAUACAGACAAUUGGUGUAUAUACGAGUUACAACGGUGGUUUUUAUAAUGGAUAUAUUGAUCAAUUGGAAAUUUCACUCGGUAGAGCAAAAUCAGCAGCUGAAAUCUUAGAUGAUGCAACAUUAGUUGUAUAUUACUCAAUGGAUGAUCCGAAUAAUCCUGGUGGGGAUAGUGGUCCUAAUCAAAUCACAGGCGUCGCCAGUGGACCGUUUAGUAGUGAUCAAGGACGAGUUGGACAGUCGCUUUUAUUUUAUCCGAACUCGAGUUAUAUUCAAAUUACAGGUCUAGUUUUAUUGGGACAAUCAUACAGUCCUUUUUCAGUUGCAGUAUGGAUACGACCAUUAAUAUCCGUUACAAAUGGUGGUACAAUUGUGCACUUUUCUGACCAUCUCGAGGGUACGGGUUUUUGCUUUCCAUUUAUUGGUUUAAGUUCGUCGGGACAGAUAAUCGUACAAAUUUUUAAUGGUGGUGUACCUGCAAUUACUGGCCCUGUUCUGACAGUUGGUCAGUGUAAUUAUGUUGGUCGAAAACUUACACUACUUCAUCGAUAUUCCGAAGGAGAAUUACAAAUAUAUUUCACAAGAGAAAAACAUCGAUUAAAAGUAUCAACAUAUCAAAUGGUGAUUUUAUUAUUAUUUAAUGAAGAAUUAACUUGGACAUUCGAACAAAUUCAAGACAAAACACAAAUUCAUUCGAAAUUAUUAUUAAAAAUUCUCUCGGGCUUGUUGAAAAGUGAUUUAUUAAUAUCUGACAAUCCUCUUACAGUAAACAGUCGAAUUGAACUUGCAACAAAUUUCUUAAGUAACAAAAUUCGAUUGAAUAUAAAUCUUCCAUCCAAAGCUGAAGAGCAAAAAGAUCGUUAUCAUUUCACGAAAGCAGCAGUUGAGGAACGUCGAAUGUUUAUUCAAGCUGUUCUCGUUCGAAUAAUGAAAAAGAAACAGACACUAAAACAAUCACUAUUAAUACAAGAAGUUAUUCAACAACUCACUUCAAGAUUUAAACCAGAUAUAUAUUUAAUCGAAACGUGUAUUGAAAAGUUAAUUGCGUGCGAAUAUUUUCGAAGAGAUUCAAACAACAACGAUACUUUACAUUAUUUGCCUUAA